AUGGGAGGAGAUGAAAAGAUUGCAGGCUAUAUGUUGAAGGUGCAUAAUCUCCUCCAUCUCAUAAAGUGUUGUGCCGAAAUCCUAACUGAUAAGAUGAUAGUUGAGAAUAUAAUGCAUAUAUUGACCUCUCAUUUUGAUCACAUUAUCGUAGCUAUUCAAGAAUCCAACAAUCUUGAAACCAUAAAACUGAAAGAUUUAGUUGUUGCAGAUGACCAUGUCGAAUCCAAGUUCUGGUUCCUCGACUCGGGCUGCUCAAAUCACAUGAAUGGUCGAAAAGUGUGCUUAGCAUAUUUCGACUCGUCGAAGAAGAGCAAGGUCAAACAUGCUGAUAAUAGCUCGUUGCAAGCAGAAGGUAUUGGCGACAUAGUUUUUCAAAGGAGCAAUACAGGAAAAUCUAUGAUCAAAGAUGUACUCUAUGUACCUGGAAUGAAGUGCAACUUGAGUGUUGGACAACUGGUUGUAAAAGUUUUCUCAGUGAUUAUGAAAGAUGAAGACUUAGAAUUGUUCGACACUCAGAACAAUUUGGUCUUAAAAUCUCCUUUGUCGAAGAAGGACAUUUAA